CUAUGACUGGCUUCAGACUGCCCAUCACUGCUUUUAGAAAACUAAAUGUCUGGUUUGGACUGUGGGAGAAAUUCCCCUCUAAUAAACUGUCUCUCUCUUGGAGGAGAAGCGUAUUCUGUAGCUGUCAAGCAAGCACAGUAAACUACAGAAGAUGUUUCAGCUUUUCCCCAGUAAAACUCUGCGCACUAAGACUUUCUCCAGAUCAUAUCUCAGUACUUUCUCUGCGGAAUAAAAGUAACAAAAGCUCUAAAAGGAGCAGACAAACUGUACAUGAAGAACAGGAAGAAGAGGAGGAAGAUGAAGAGGAAAGCGAUUGGGAAGAUGAAGUUGAAAAUGACCCCAAUGUAGUAAAAGAUUACAAGGAUCUUGAAAAAGUAGUGCAGUCUCUUCGAUAUGAUGUGAUCAUGAAAGCUGGUCUAGACAUUGUAAGAAAUAAAGUAGAAGAUGCAUUCUACAAUAAUGAACUCAGGCUGAAUGGAGAAAAACUAUGGAAGAAAAGUAGAACUGUGAAAAUUGGUGACACAUUGGAUCUCAUAGUAGGUGAAGAUAAAGAAACAGGAACUGCUGUAGUUAUGCGGGUAGUCUUAAAAAAAGUAUCUAACAAAACUGAAAGUGAAAAAUACAAAGUAAUUUUGAGGCGAUGGAAAAACUUAAAAGUGCCCAAACAGGACGUACUUAAGUAACAGGGGAUUGCAUGUGGCAGCAUAAGAUUUUUGCGGAAAACUAUAGUUGUUGUUUAAUACAAAUUUUGGUUAAACAAAAUUACAGUACCCUUUUUCAAGGGUUUGUGUUAGAAUGUUAUCUCCCUCUGCAAUAUUCAUGCAAUAAGCCUGUCACUUUUUGCUGUUUGUUUUGUUUUCUGGUACUGUGGGAUAAAAGAUUCAACCCUUACAUUUCCAGGCAGUUCCUUUGCAGAUGUUAUAUAUAACAAACCAAUAAAGACUAAUUUGAUCACU